CCUCCUAAACGCUGAUUUCUGCAGCAAAGCCGCAAAGGAAAUUUCUUUUCCAAGUAGAUUUGGAGCGAGAGAGGAGAUAUCGCUUCGAACCGCCUUCCAGAUUUUCUUAUUUUUUUCCUUUUGGCUCCCCAUAAAUUUUCCCUACUAACCUAUUUCUCUUCCGCGUUUUUUCUCUUUCGCUUUCUGGAGGAAAAAGGAUUUCCCCUUUUAUUUUUCUCCUUUGCCCCUUUUCACGAAGAGGGAGGGCAUUCGAGAAAUCUCCCAACUUUCUCCGUCUGCCGCUUAUCGAGCUCUAUGAGUGUUCAUAUGUUUGUUGGUGGUCUGAAUUUUAGUUGUUUCAAGAAUCAAGAACAUAUGGCUAAUACCAAACCUCACGUUGAGGCAAAUGCUUUUGUGCAACGCUAUUAUUCUACGCUCUCUAAGUUUCCCCAGCACAUCCACAAGUUUUAUGGCGAAUCUAGCCUUCUAUCCUGGCCAGGUUCUGAUGGUGAUUCGGCACCUGCCACAACCUUGAGCGUAAGAACUGAAGGUGAUGUAUCUGACUGCCCUAAAUCCUUGCCCGCUGAAAAAGCCAAAGACCAAGUUGAAAAUGUCAAGAAUGCCCUUGAUGUGUCCGUUGCAAAAAGUUCCCCGAAUUCUCCCAUUGUCUCUGAGCCGGCUUUGAAUUUAAAAACGCUUCCGGGAGUAUCUUAUGCUUCUAUGGUGGCUAAAAGUGCCCCUGUAAUCUUACCAAAAGCUGCUACCCCAAAGUCUACAACCCCAAAGCCUGCAGUGGUCAACUCAGUAGCACCAAAUGCAUCGACCACAAUCGUGUCUAAAUCACCAACAGGAAGCAAAAGCACACCGCAAGCUAAUCCUCAGCUAGAAGGCAGAGGAGUAUUUGUUGGAGGGUUGCCUUAUGAAAUAACCGAACAAGGUCUAAGGGAUGCCUUGAAGCAGUUUGGACCUAUCAGAACAUAUCCAAAUUCUGUCCAGAUUAAGAAACAUAACGUAUGUCUUUUUCGAUUUCAUUUAAAGAUGGUUUUUGUUUUGCAUUUGUUGAAUUCGAAUCUGCCGAUUCUGCUUGUAGAGCUGUCGAGGUUCAUAAUGUCAAAUUUGGUGAAAAGGAAGCCUAUAUUACACACAGGAAGUCGCCCGCUAACCGUGGUAGUGCAAGGUCCCCUACAAGGGCUGGGAUUAGAAAUGGCAAUGGAAACAAGCCCAGUUAUGAUAAGGGUCGGGCCACGGGCUCUCAACAGACCCGAUCGUCUGGUCAUGGGGCAAGGAAGACUAAUUGAGACCUAUCAAAUUGAUAUCUGAAUUAAUCACAAAGUUUUGCUUAUUAUCUGCGGAUUACAUUUUUUUUCUGGUACAUUGAUAAAACUAAAUCUUAUUGAGGAAGUUCACAACAAUUGCGGCGAUCGUUAUAAUGGGUCCAACCAUGUGUUAGAAUGUGGGUUGUGGUGAACACAUCACCUUUUUUCUUCUUAUUAGUGUAGGAUGCCUGAUAUAAUAGUAUUAAAAUAAUUUUAUUAUU